UGAUGAGCUAAAAGCUUACGACAUGCAUGCGCAUGCAUGUCGCGAACGUUGAAACCCCUUCUAUUUCUUCUUCAUCUUCUUCCCUCGUUUUGUUUGCCUCUGUGAUCUUUGGAGCUGUUGACAUCGUGAGACGUAUGGCCUGUUAGAGAAGCUCUCGGCUCCAGUCAACGACAGGAAGCUUCUCUUUAUAAGGAGAGAAAAGGAGUGCGAGAUAGAGGCGGAGGAGAUUGCUCGGCCAUGCUGGCGUUCAAAGGAGCUGCUGUUAAAGAGGAGGUAUGUGCCGCCGAUGAACGGAGCGUAGAAGUUGGAAAGGAGGAGCAACUCAAAAAUACUAAAACGGAAAUGGAUGAAGUGAGGGAAGAGAAUGAUAGAUUGAAGACGAUAUUAGCUCACAUUAUCAAAGAAUACCAGCAUCUCCAAAAGCAGUACUUCGAUGUAGUUCAGCAAGAGCAAUCUAAAAGGCCUCUCGAGACCACCAAUCCCAGCGACGUGGAAGAACCUGAUGAACUCGUCUCACUGAGCCUUGGAACCAGUUCAACUGGGCAAAAGAAGGAAGACGUGAUCAGCACAAAGAAAGAAAGAGAAGAAGAUGGAAAAGGUCUCACUCUCGGACUGGGCUGCAGAUUUGAAGGAACCAGAAAGAGGAGUCCCGAUGAGCACGAGUCAAACCUCUGCUCGGACAGUAGCUCCGAAGAAGCCAACGAAGAAGAGCCAGGGGAGCCACGGCCACCGACCGAGAUACUGAUGAUGAGUCUCGGAACUGGUGAUGAUGAGGUCCCGCAGCAGCUCCCGGUGAAAAAAGCUCGUGUGACUGUCAGAGCAAGAUGCGAUGCCCCAACGAUGAUUGAUGGAUGCCAGUGGCGGAAGUAUGGGCAGAAAAUUGCGAAAGGGAAUCCCUGUCCACGAGCAUACUACCGGUGCACAGUUGCAGCGGGAUGUCCAGUGAGGAAGCAGGUGCAAAGAUGUGCAGAGGACAUGUCGAUCUUGAUCACCACCUACCAGGGCACCCAUAACCAUCCUCUUCCGAUAUCAGCCACCGCCAUGGCAUCCACCGCCGCCGCAAGCAUGCACAUGUCGGGCUCAUCGGCCUCCGAACAGGGCAUGGGGGAAGCCAUUGGAUCACUGUCGUCCUCCUCCGCCGCAAUCACGAGCCUGAGUGGCCUGAACUUUGGCCUGCUGGGGAGCACUUUGAGUGCGAGACAACAAUCUUCCUAUCUCCCAAUUCCUUCACCCUCGCCAGCUUCUUCCUAUUCCACCAUCACGCUGGAUCUCACUGCACCACCGUCAUCCACAUCCCAACUCAGUCAGCUCGGCAGAUUCCCGUGGUACUCCUCCACGAGGUUCAACUUCCCGUCCUCGGAGUCCACCGUACCAGCAUCAUGGAGCAACGGGUACUUUAGCCAUGAGUCUCGUGCAUAUCACGAUAGGCCAUCUCAGGACUCGUUCUGUCAGUCGAUCCUACAGAAGGCCAUUGACACGACUGCAGCUCCUAAUCUAAACCAGCAUCCACUGGCGGACACGAUCGCGAAGGCUAUCACGUCGGAUCCCAACUUCCAGUCGGCGGUAGCAGCGGCCGUAACGUCGUACGUCGGAGACCACCGAAGCCGAAAUGGGAGAGAGGGUGUAACCCAUGGCCCUGCUGAAGAUUGA